AUGUAUCUUCAUAUAUUUCUUCGUCUGCUGGGCAAUCGACCGCUUAAUCUGUCAAAGAGAUUGCUGGCAUUUGAAAUUGUGCUCACCUUGGUUGUCAUUGCUCUCUGGUCCACAGCCUCAGGAGUUAUUUUUGCCCGUUUUAAUGGUACCUAUACUCAUACCAUAGGAAUUUUAGAUGAUUUUGACACGCCCAAUGUAGAGUUUUCGUCUUGCAAAAGACUAAAUGUGUCGACCUUGACCACUGACGUCAGUUUUGAUCUAUACGCUAGUAGCAGAUUAAGCUCAAAAGCAUGUGGUUUGGCUAAUGCAAUGAUCAUAGUAGGGUUUAUCACCAUCAUUGCGUGGCUCGCGACGUUGGUUGCAUCCAUCUACGCUCUUUCGGAAGUAAACAGCUUUGCUCUUGGUGAUUUAUUCAUCAUGCAGGCUCCAGUUCAUCCAUACCAAGAUGCCAAAGUGCAAGUUAUCCGUAAAGAUUACAAGUACAGCGACCCUGUGAAAAACGUGCAGUCAAUCACUACGGCCGCAUGUACGAAAAAUGGAGCAUUUGUGACGACAGCAGAGCCUGAAAAAGUAAUCAUUGCAAACGAGGGAGAGACAAGAAAGCUGCAUUAUACGCAACAGCAGCACAAGCAGCCACAGCAGCAAAAGCAGGGAGAAAGAGGAUUCAGGAAAAGCGUUGUCGUAGCUGAUAAUCUGCAACAUCAUCAACCUCAUGAAUUAAAACCUGUUAACUCCAUCAAAAGCUGGAAUUUUGAUUUCUCUUUUGAGCCCGUUCAAAUCGAUCUGAUGCUUCCGUCUACAUCAGAACUUAUUGGCACUAAAAAGAAAAAGAGCAAUAGCACUAAUCCUUAUCGCUACCCUUAA